CGGCGGCGGCGGCGCGCGCGCGGCAGUAUGAUUUGAGAUCGCGAACAUGGACUUUUCUCGGCUCCAUAUGUAUACGCCUCCUCAGUGUGUACCUGAGAACACUGGCUACACAUAUGCACUCAGUUCUAGUUAUUCUUCUGAUGCUCUGGACUUUGAGACCGAGCAUAAAUUGGAUCCCGUAUUUGAUUCUCCAAGAAUGUCUCGCCGUAGUCUGCGCCUGGCCACCACAGCAUAUUCCACUGAGGAUGGCCGGGCCAGGGAUGUUCAUACCCAUGCUGGCAGCUCCACCUCACUCAAGGACAGAGUCACCAGAACAGCAAAACAGCGCAGAGGUACAGGCAGAUCGGCUUUCAGCAUGAACCACACCUCAAGGAGGGCAGUGUCCUCGGCUGUCAGCCAGAGCAGCUCUGGCGGGCUGCAGGCUGAGGCAUGUCUGCGGCCUCCUGUAUUGGAUGAGUCUCUCAUCCGUGAGCAGACCAAAGUGGCCCACUUCUGGGGUCUUGAUGAUGAUGGAGAUCUUAAAGGUGGAAAUAAAGCUGUCAAUCAGGGAAAUGGUGAUCUGGCCUCAGGGGCAGCAGCCACAAAGAGCAACGGCUACACCUGCAGUGACUGCAGCAUGCUGUCUGAGCGCAGGGACACACUCACCGUGCACGCCACGCCCCAUGCCCCACUGGCCUCCAGAAUUUACUCCAGAGAUAGAACUCAAAAACGCGGUGCAUCUUUCUACAUGGAUAGGAUUUUGUGGCUGGCCAAGUACACUUCGUCAUCUUUUUCAUCAUUCUUAGUUCAACUUUUUCAAGUGGUUUUAAUGAAGCUCAAUUAUGAAUCAGAAAAUUACAAAUUGAAAAGUUAUGAAUCAAAAGAUCGUGACUCAAAAAGCUAUAAGUCAGAAAGCCAUGAAUCAAAAGCUCAUUCCAAUUACUGUGGGAGAAUGAAUGUAAAAGAGUUUGUCGGAGAGCAAGGCCACCUCAGUGUGAAUGGGGAGUCGUUGUGCGAUGACUGUAAGGGGCAGAAGCAUCUUGAAACACACAAGGCCAUCUAUCUGCAGUCUUCACAGGCACUUGGAGCAGGGGCCACUUGGCACAUCUUUUCUUAUGCAGGUUACCUCUUGCUGCAAACACUACAAAGGAUUGGAGCUGCGGGAUGGUCUGUAUCGAAGACGAUGCUGUCAGUUCUCUGGUUGGCCAUGUUGGCUCCAGGGAAGGCAGCCUCUGGAAUAUUCUGGUGGCUAGGGAUUGGAUGGUACCAGUUUGUUACUUUAAUUUCUUGGCUGAAUGUAUUUCUUCUUACUAGGUGCCUUCGAAAUAUUUGCAAGUUUCUGAUCUUGCUCAUUCCACUAUUACUUUUACUAGGUGCAGGCCUUUCAUUGUGGGGCCAGAGUGGUUUCCUUUCAUUCCUACCUGUGUUAAACUGGACAGACUUGUACAGAACACAGAGGGUGGAUGACCUAACGAACAUGUUCACACCAGACACUUCUCACCUGAGCCAGCCUCCAGAGGGUGAUGAUGAGACUUUUACCAGGCAUCGCAUGAGUGAAGUGGAAAGGCGGAUGACAUCUUUGUAUGGACAGUGUCACAACCAUGAAGAGAAACUUAGAGAACUGACAGUUUUGCUUCAGAAAUUACAAAUGCGGGUGGACCAGAUGGACAGCGGUAGUGAAGGCACGCUGUCCUUGGUUAAAGAUGUGGUGAGACAGCACCUAAAGGAAAUUAAUGCUGAUGGACUGUUGAGCUCUAAGGCUGAUUUUAUGACUUUCCAGCAAGAACAUGAGCUGCGCAUCUCAAACUUGGAAGAUACUCUUAGAAAACUGACAGAAAAAUCUGAGGCCAUCCAGAAGGAAUUAGAAGAUAUCAAGCUAAGAACAGUUAGUGGAGUCAGUGAAGAACAGCAUCUGCUUUCCAUGGUUGAACAUCUUCAGAUGGAGCUUGGUCAUUUGAAAUCACAGUUGUCAAAUUGGCAGAAUUUGAAGACCAGCUGUGAGAAUGGAGACACAGCACAUGAAAGAGUAGAUGCCCAAGUCAGAGAAACUAUCAAACUCAUGUUUUCUGGUGAUCAGCAAGAUGGCUUUUUUGAAUGGCUGCUUCAGAAGUUUUCUUCUCAGUUUGUGAGCAAAGAUGACCUUCAGAUUUUAUUACGAGAUUUAGAGCUGCGGAUACUAAAGAACAUUACCCACCACAUUUCUGUGACAAAACAGAUCCCAAUUUCUGAAACUGUGGUGUCUGCUAUGAAUGAGGCAGGAGUUUCUGGAAUAACAGAAGCACAAGCACAUGUCAUUGUAAACAAUGCUUUGAAGCUGUAUUCCCAAGAUAAAACUGGCAUGGUGGACUUUGCUCUGGAAUCUGGUGGUGGUAGUAUCCUAAGUACUCGGUGUUCUGAAACGUAUGAGACCAAGACCGCAUUAAUCAGCCUGUUUGGCAUCCCUCUGUGGUACUACUCCCAAUCUCCUCGAGUCGUCAUCCAGCCUGACAUAUAUCCAGGUAACUGCUGGGCAUUUAAAGGCUCCCAGGGUUACCUUGUGGUGAGACUGUCGAUGACCAUCUACCCCACCACCUUCACUCUGGAGCACAUCCCAAAGACACUGUCACCCACGGGGAACAUCACCAGUGCGCCCAAGGAUUUCAUGGUCUAUGGACUAGAAAAUGAGUAUCAAGAAGAAGGGCAGCUUCUGGGACAGUUUACAUAUGAUCAAGAAGGAGAAUCCCUCCAAAUGUUCCAUGUAUUGAAAAGACCUGAAAGAGCUUUCCAAGUAGUAGAACUUCGGAUUUCUUCUAACUGGGGCCAUCCUGAAUAUACAUGUCUCUAUCGUUUCCGAGUUCACGGAGAACCUAUCAAGUAAAGCUGCUCCUCACUGUUGCUGUACAUUUUGUAUAUAUGGGACAGCCUGAAACACUGGAACCUUUUUGUGAAUGAGGGCAUUUAGAAAUAAAAGGAUGACAUCACCCCUAAAUAAAACUCACCAACUGGCAGUAAGAGAGUGUAGAGACUGAAGUGAUAACGCUCUGAUGCCCAGCUGGCUGCUAUGUCCAUAGGAAACACUGCAUGCUCAACACUUGGUUCACAGGGACCCGUUAGCCAGGUAUUCUCUGGAAACUCAUUUGAAUGUAUGGUUCACAAAGACACUUAACUUUGUUUUGAGGAUUUGUUUUUGAACAUAAAGCUCUUUAUAUUAUUUGUAUUUUCCUAAUGUCAGGAACAAAGCAAAUGAAGGUAAAAGGUUUGAUGUGUUCCUGAAAUUUUGAUAUUUAGCUUUCACUGGACCUCUUAAGGACUUUUGGGGCACAUCUAUAGUUCAUCUGUUAAAUCCAGCACACAUUUCUUUCAGGGAAAAAGUAACCAAAUUUCAGAUUUUUAAACUCCGUUCCUUCAAAAUUAGCUAUUUCCUUUUCUCAGCACUUGUUAUAUUGAGUCAUCAUGUGAUAAGUGUUUGUCUGCUUCGUUUGCUCCGAUUUCUUAGAAAAACUUUCAGUCAGGACCCAGUAUGGGAAUAUCCAUUUAGCAACUGGGGAUUCUCAUUUCCUUGAUGGUUGACAUGGGUCUGAUUUGAAAGGAGCUGGUCUAGACCUAAACAAACACAUAAAUAGAGUUUUGUUUCCGGCUAGCCACAGUAUGCAUAGAAACCAAGGAAUCCAGCCUUUUUCAGGUUUUGUUUUGAAUUUUGCUAAAAAGUGAACACUAACAUGCUCUAAAUCUUUUAGAGUUACAUUUUUACAUGGACAGUUGUCAAAGUAGAUUGUCCAGUGUGGCAAAUUCAUGAAGCUGUUUCAUUUAUGAUUGUAAUUUUACUUUUAGCAGCACUUUCUUUGGCUCUGACUGGGAUUUGCCGUUUAUUAUCUGUUGGCCACUCUCACUCAAUUCCUAUGAGACUAAUUUUGAUGACAAUAUUUAAUAUUUAGACAGUUUUACUGAGCAAACUUUAUAAUGAUAUAUCUCUGAGGCACUUAAAGUGUUACAGAUGUUUUACCUUAAAAAUUAAACUUAAAAAUUAAAUUUAAGUUUUAUUGGGUUAAGACAGUUUUUUUUUUGGUAUACUGUAAAUGUAUUUUCAGAAAAAGAAAAAAUGAUGGUGCUGACUGGUUUUUCUGGAGAGUUUUGUGUAUAUUGCACAAUAGUCCUCAAAUAUACAAAAAUUACAUAAAGUAGCAUUUUUUUUUUAAUUCUUAGAAUUGGAACUAAUGCCUAUGCAUUAAGUUGGAUAAAAUGUAUACAGAUGUUCCAUAUAUUAUAGGAUACAUAUGUAAAUCAAAUUUCCUAUAUAGAACCAAAUUUGGGGGUUGGGAUGGAAAUAUUUUGAAUAUUAAUUUAUUUUUAAAGAUGCAAGAUAGGACUUUGUGCAAUGUAUUUUUGUAAAUGCUUUUCAAUAUAUUUGUCUUUGGUAGAGCUUCUUUUGCUGCCACCAAAUUGAUAAGAUACUAUUGAAAUGUUUAAAUAAAGAGUUUUAAUUUUUAAACAUGCAUGUGAUAUUUCA